AUGUAUGGAGGCAAACGCAGCUGUGGCGACGCCGAGAGUGGCAUGCUAGCGGAAUCCAAGGAUCUGUGGAUCGCGAUCGUUUGGUAUGCGGUCCAUGCAUUGCUUUUGAAGGCCCAUACGGCAGAUGAGAGAAAGGAGGCGGCCGGACCAUUUACGGAAUAUAUCUCUGUGGAAUUAUCUAUCAUUGACGCCCUAACACUGGAGGAUGGCCCGCUCGUCUUGAUUAUAUACGGUUGCUGGACAUCCAUCGGCUUUCGCAACCAGAACGAGAGAGUUAUUUUAGGCGUGGAGUCGGGGAAAGAACUUAGGGAUGACCUGGUGACCUGGUGA